GAAACAAAAGGCUGGAGGAGGGGAGGGGGAGCCUUAUUUUAGGAAAGGGGCCAAGAAAGACAAGAUGUUUAGGAGGGGGAAGUAUCGACACCCUUGGAAUAGAGAAAGUGUCGAAUGCCAGCUGCAGAGAGCCUAAAAGAAUGAGUGUCUCCGAUGCUUUUGUCUCCUUAUAUGGUAAAAUGAUAGAGAGGGGUUUCACUGGGCUGGGGAAGGCAGCAGCCUCUUUCCACACAACACUGACUGCAGAGCUGAAAUCGGAAGAGCUGCUCUUGGCAGGCAGUGGAAAGCCCCGGCUCUCUGUACAGCUCUCCUCUGCAAGCAGGCCGGUCUUGCUCUUUACACAUUCGUUAAUGGAUGUGACCCCCUGUCCCUGGUCCAGGAGGUGACAUUAACUGCCCGCUACUGCUCUGAUAGCUGGACUCCAGACAACAACAUGACUGAACGCUUUGACUGCCACCACUGCAAAGAGUCCCUGUUUGGUAAGAAGUACAUCCUCAAGGAGGACAGCCCCUACUGCGUGAAAUGCUAUGAGAACCUUUAUUCCAACACGUGCGAGGAAUGCAAGAAACCUAUAGGUGCUGACUGCAAGGAUCUGUCUUACAAGGACCGUCACUGGCACGAAACCUGCUUCCACUGCUUCCAGUGCAAGAAUUCAUUGGUGGACAAACCUUUUGCUGCAAAAGAAGAACAUCUACUUUGUACUGAUUGCUACUCCAACGAAUACUCUUCCAAAUGCAAUGAGUGCAAGAAGACUAUUAUGCCAGGUACUCGGAAGAUGGAGUACAAGGGCAACAGCUGGCAUGAGACCUGCUUUAUCUGCUACCGCUGCCAACAGCCUAUUGGGACAAAGAGCUUCAUCCCUAAGGACAAUCAAAACUUCUGCGUACCCUGCUACGAAAAGCAGUUUGCCAUGCAGUGCGUCCAGUGCAAGAAGGCGAUCACUACAGGAGGUGUCACUUACCGGGAGCAGCCGUGGCAUAAGGAGUGCUUUGUCUGUACUGGAUGCAAGAAGCAGUUGUCUGGACAACGCUUUACCUCCAGGGAUGAGUUCGCAUAUUGCCUGAGCUGCUUCUGCAACCUCUAUGCUAAAAAGUGUGCUGGAUGCACAAACCCAAUCAGUGAAUGCUUCUGGUUUUCAAACAGGACUCGGAGGAACCAAGUACAUCUCCUUUGAAGAACGGCAGUGGCACAAUGAUUGCUUUAACUGUAAGAAGUGCUCUCUCUCAUUAGUGGGUCGUGGCUUCCUCACGGAAAGGGAUGACAUCCUUUGCCCUGAAUGUGGAAAGGAUAUUUAAAGCUCAAAAUUAAAGGUAGGGAGAGGAGAAGAAAGCCAGCCGCGCUUGCAGUAUAGAGUCUGAAAUCCACGGCUGUUUGGAACCAGCUUUGCCACUCUCUCUUUAGCUGUACUAUUAACAUUAUUUAACCUUCUUCUUCAAACUCUCCAAACCUUUGGGGAAAACAAUUCCAAAAUCUCUAGAAGCAGUGUUGGCAUUUAAGACUUCUACAAGCUAACCAAAACUAAUGCAAAACCUGAGAUAUAAAACCAUUUGGGUGUUAUUGCCAUAACAUACUCUUUUUUUUUUUUUCCUUCCACUAAAUAUUCCAGUUACAAGCAAGUGAUAUAGUUCAAGGAUUACAAUGGCCAUGCAAAAGACAUUCAUAGAUGGAUACUCAUAGUGAAACCCUCAGCCCACUGAAAUAAAUGGCAAACCCCAUUUGAUUUCAAUAAGGCUGUGGUCUCGCCUCAGUGUUCUUGAGCUACAUGCCUCGUGUGCUGUCAAGUGUGUAGAAAGACUGCGAAUGUAGAGGGUGUUUCAAUGUACAAGGAUUUGUGCCACGCCAUACAGAGAUAAUGACAAAACAGCUGAAGUGGGAGCACUUCGUAACAGGCACAUAUUUUAUUGCAUGACUAGCUGAUCAUUGUGUGAAGUUCAAGUUCUGAUUGACAGUGUCAGUAUUAGUCGACAUUACACUGCACAUUGUAUUUUUCAAAAUAAAACCAUUUAAAACAAAA